GUUUCAAUUUCAAUUUCAGUUUCAAUUUCAAUUUCAGUUUCAAUUUCAAUGUUCCAUCCUUCAAAGACGUCAAUACUGUAAUCCAAAAGAACAUUACUAUUCUAUCAUUAUCCGUCGACGACGACAUACCGUACGGAAACUUGGCGCAACCUUCGCGCCAUCAUCAGGUGUCCAUCAUGAAGUUGUCCAACGUGUUAAAUCUCCCCGCGCUUCUAGCAGCGUCGCUGUUUGCUCCCUCGAUUGUGUCGGCCGAGCAUACGAGCAACUGGGCUGUCCUGGUUGGCACGUCGAGGUUUUGGUUCAACUAUCGCCAUCUCGCCAAUGUAUUAUCCAUGUACCGAACCGUAAAGCGUCUAGGCAUCCCCGACUCGCAGAUCAUCCUUAUGCUUCCCGACGACAUGGCUUGCAACCCGCGCAACGCCUUCCCCGGGACCGUGUAUAGUAACGCAGACCGCGCCGUCGAUCUAUAUGGGGACAAUAUCGAAGUCGAUUACCGAGGAUACGAGGUCACCGUCGAGAAUUUCAUCCGCUUAUUGACAGACCGUGUUGGGGAUGAGAUGCCAAGGAGUAAGCGACUGUUGACUGAUGACCGGAGCAACAUCUUUGUGUAUAUGACAGGACACGGAGGAAACGAGUUCCUCAAGUUCCAAGAUGCCGAAGAGAUUGGCGCUUUCGACUUAGCAGAUGCGUUUGAACAGAUGUGGGAAAAGAGACGGUACCACGAGAUUCUAUUUAUGAUCGAUACGUGCCAAGCGAAUACCAUGUACAGCAAGCUAUACUCUCCUAAUAUUAUCGCUACCGGGUCUUCCGAACUCGACCAGUCCUCGUAUUCCCACCACGCCGAUAACGACGUCGGAGUCGCUGUUAUUGAUCGAUAUACAUAUUAUAACCUCGAGUUUCUAGAAUACAACGUCAAGGACUUGAGCAGUAAAAAGACGAUCGGCGAUCUCUUUGAUAGUUACAACUACGAGAAGAUUCACUCCAAUGCAGGCGUCCGAUACGACCUAUUCCAAGGUGGCCCGGAAGCUGCGCGGAGUCGGUUAUUGACCGACUUCUUUGGAAACAUCCAGAACGUCGAAGUGGAUGGAGCUAGAGAUACUACAGUCGAUGACGAGAUGCUAGCUCUUAGCAAAACGAUUACAAAACUAAGAAUCCUCGCGGACGAGGAGGAGGAGGAAGAAAAUAAGGCUAAGAAGGCUAAUAAGACAAGCGAAAGUAAUGCUAUAGGAUCUAGCAUAUCCAAGACUCGACAGCCGAAAAAAGUACAAACAGCCAAGCCGCUGACGGACGAUAACUGGUACGGCAAGAAGCUUGUCGGCGCAACAGCGUUAGCCAUUUGCGCUGCUCUAUGGGUUCUAGGGUCAUAUCUAGAGACUCCGAAGAAUUAGCUGUGAUUUGAAAUGUGUAUGCUGUUAUUAAUAAUACAAUAAAAUACGCUUCUAAACAUUUGAAUAAGCG